CUCUUUCAGUCGCUCGCCCUGGGGUAGGAUUAAUCAUCACUAUCGCACGGGACGGGAAAGUCGACGUUAAUCACGGUGAAAAUUUUGGACAUCCGCGAAAAAGUUUCCGCUGGGAAAACCGCUCUGGUGGUACCGUGAAAAAGUGUAAACUCACCGCCCCCGUUCGCAGCACAGAAAUCCGUAUUAGCAUGCCGUAGCCGUGGACCGUGUGUGCGUUGUGCUGUGUUGCGCUGCCAAAAACCAGGGUCCAGGUCGUCUGGAUGGGAGUGGAUUUGCAGUACCACCCGUUGCAGAUUCGUCAUCGUGGUGCGCUGCACCAGUGUAAUGCACUAGCCCCGCCGCUGCGGUUGCAUUCCGUUGCGCUUGGUGCCGUGGUGCCGGUGCAAACAAAGGAAACGGUGUGAGCAAACGAUUGCGUACGACUUUGGUGAAGCAGAAAGGCCGACGGAGAGAGAGAGAGGAAGUAAAGAAAGGAGAAAGGGAAGUAAGAUUGACGGCGAACAAAAGGCAUGGGUGACAUGAUGCGGUUAAGCAGCAGCGGCGGAGCGCUCGGCGGCGGUUUCCAUCGCGACAAGCUCGGCUCACCGUCGACCGGCUCGGAGGACGGCGGUGGUAUCGAUCUGGCCGACAUCGCCCAGGAACUGGACCAGGACGAGUUCGACGGUCCGGCCACGCUGAACGGUGCAUUCGACCGUCCGGCAAUUACGGCUCCCCCGGAGAGCGAGUGGUACCACGGGCGGCUGGAUCGGUACAGUGCCGAGCAGCGGCUAAAGUCGACCACCAAGCUGGGCAGUUAUCUGGUGCGCGAAAGUGACCGCAAGCCGGGCUCGUACGUGCUGAGCUACCUGGGCCGCACCGGCAUCAAUCAUUUCCGCAUUACGGCGGUGUGCGGCGAUUUCUACAUCGGCGGACGGCAGUUUUUCUCGCUCAGCGAUCUGGUCGGCUACUACACGUCGUGCAGUGACCUGCUGAAGCGCGAACGGUUGGUACAGCCGGUACCGCCGCCGGAACCGGUCAACGACAAGAAGCGGGUGGUGGCCAUCCUGCCCUACACCAAGAUGCCCGACACGGACGAGCUGACCUUCCAGAAGGGUGACAUCUUCUUCGUGCACAACGACAUGGGCGACGGGUGGCUGUGGGUGACGGCCCACCGGACCGGCGAGCAGGGCAUGAUCUUCCGCGAGCUGGUCGAGGAUCUCGAUCCGGCCAUCGAUCCGAACACCGUGUUCCCGUGGUUCCACCCGACGUGCACGAAGAACGAAGCGGUCGACAUGCUGGUGAAGGCGGGCCCGGGCAGCUUUCUGGUGCGGCCGAGCGAUAACUCGCCCGGCGACUAUUCGCUGUUCUUCCACAUCAACAAUCAGAUCCAGCGGUUCCGGAUCGAGAAAAAGGGCGUGCGGUAUCUGAUGGGCGGCCGGACGUUCGAGUGCCUGGAUGCGGUCAUCAACCGCUACCGGAAGGAGCAGAUCGUGGAGGGCCACACGCUGAUGCACCCGGUCAUCAACGGCAGCCAGCCGGAGUACCAUCCGCCGACGAAUCUGGCGAGCGCGGCGGAGAAGAUCUACGCGACGCUGCGCGAGUGCCGCGACCAGAACAUGCUGAAGAAGACGAAGGGCAUCAAGCACCAUGGCUAUCUGCUGAAGAAGUCAGACAAGACGGCCAAGUGGAAGCAGCUGUUCUUUGCCCUGCUGGUGGAGGGUUCGGAAACGCACCUCUGCUUCUACGACAGCCCGAAGAAGACCAAGCCGAAGGGUUUGAUCGAUCUUUCGUGCGCUUACUUGUAUCAGUGCCAUGAAUCGUUUUGGGAGCGGCAGCACUGCUUCCAGAUCGUCGAACGGGCGCUCCCGUGUCUCGCCACCAUCACCUAUCUCUGUGCCAACAAUCAGGAGUGCUACGUGGAGUGGAUAUCGGCCCUCAAGUCGCACUGCGUGUCGCAGCUCAGCAAGGCGCAGUCGAAAGUGCCGCGGCUGCGUGAGCUGCGCUGCCUGAAUCUUCAGAUACUGGAAGCGCACCGGCUGCCAUUCAAGCUGGUACCGCAUCCGUACUGCGUCGUCUCGCUCAACCAGGUGAAGGUGGGCAAAACGCGCGUCAAGACCGCGCCCGAUCCCGUGUGGGAGGAGGAGUUUGUGCUUGAUGACGUGCCGCCGGAUGUGGUGACGGUUACGAUCACCGUGCUGAGCCGGGGCAAACGCGGCAAAGACUCGGAGGUCGCUGAGCUGACGGUCGAUCUGUGCAGCCUAAAGAACGGGCAGGAGACGGAGGAGUGGUUCCCGCUGAACGGCAUGACGCCGAUGGGCGAGUGGGGCUCGAUCCGGCUGCGCAUCCGCUACCUGGACGAUCUCGUGAUGCCGUGCGAAGAGUACAGCCCGCUCCAGCAGCUGCUGGUCGAGUCGGAGCUGAACGCGGUGCGCGCCCUGUCCGAGAUCUGCCACAACGAUCGCAUCCCGCUCGCCACCUCGCUGCUGAAGGUGUUCCGGCACGAGAAGCGCGAGACGGAGCUGCUGCGGAUCCUGUGCCAGGCGGAGGUGGCUCGGGAGAACGAAACCUCCACCCUGUUCCGGGGCGCCUCGCUCGCCACCACGCUGAUGGAUCUGUACAUGCGGGCCGAGUGUACGCUCUUCCUGCAGUCGGCCGUCUCCGACACGGUGCAGCGGAUACUGGACAGCAAGCAGUCGGCCGAGCUGAAUCCGACCAAGAUGGACGUGAACGAUGACGCGUGCUCGAACGCCGAGUUUCUGCUGAUGAUACUCGACCAGGUGACGCAGUCGAUCUUCACCUCGCCGGACGCGUGCCCCCGGACGGUGCGCUACAUCUGCAACUGUCUGCAGAAGGCGGUCGUCGCCAAGUGGCCGUCGCCGAGCGAGCGGCUGGUGCGCACCCGCGUCGUCUCCGGCUUCAUCUUUCUGCGGCUGCUCUGUCCCGCCCUGCUCAACCCACGUCAAUUCGGACUAGUCAAUGAAACGCCACACCAAAUGGCGACCAGGUCGCUGAUCAUGGUUGCGAAAUGUUUGCAAAAUCUGGCCAAUCUCGUCGAGUUCGGCGGCAAGGAACCGUACAUGGAAGUGGUCAAUCCAUUCAUCUUAAAGAACAAGGAACGCAUGAUCGUGUUUCUGGAUCAGCUGUCCUCCGUCACGGAUCCGAACCCGCCGCCGGGAUGCAUGCAGGAGCAAAGCAGCUCCUCCACACUGUCCAGCUCCGAUGCAGGUCGCGAACUGGCCACGCUGCACCACAUCUGCGUCUCGUAUCUGCCGGAGCUGCAAGCGAUGAGCAAGACGAACAACGCACUCAAGAAGCUGGUCACCGUCACGGAAAUGCUCUCGAAACAUAAGCUUAAGUAUCGCGAAAUGAUCAGCUAAUCUGCUCGCGCGCACGCGCAACCCGGCAAACGCAGAAACAAAAGGGACAACCGUGAUUGUCCUACCCCAAAAAAAAAGUACGCAACGAUAGCAACGAGGUCUUUCUUCAUACACGUGCGCACGCACGUGCAUGGUGUGCAAAAUUGGAUAGGCGAACCCCGCUACGGUCUAUGUGCAGCAGUAGCUUUUGUGUGUUGUGUUUCCCGAUCGCCGAUGUGGUGAAUGUUUUAGUGAAGGAGUGGAGUGAAUCUUUUGUAUUUUUCCCUUUUAUUCCAAUUGCAAACGUUUUACACCCGCCGAUUGCUACUACUAUCCCCCCCCCCCCUUUAUUACGAUUUGCCUUCCUGCCUGUGAGGGCUUUUUGUGUGUGUGCGUUUGCAUUUGCUUUCCCAUUUUUUUCUCUCGCGCGUGUUGCGUGUGCCGCUCCCAGUGUAAGCGAAUUGAUAACCGGGUACACUCACUCAGGAGAAACUAACUUUAGGCAUAAGGACGACUGAUGAAGAUGAUGAUGGUGAUGAUACAGACAGACAGUAAGCAGCAGCAGCAGAUGUUGUCGUUUGGAUGGUGAUAGUAAAAGGAUACAAAACAAAACAAAAACAACCACAAGACAACCUUAUUGGGAAUCAUUUCACGUGCUCGCGGCACAACGCGUGCUCUUCUCUUUUUGCUUGGUUGUGUGUGGGUUCUCUGUGCGAAUCAGUUAUGGGAAAAGAGCCACCCUUGUUUUGAUUCCAUGUUUGUCUCACUAAAACGACUGAUUUUCUAUGUUUGACCCCGAUAGUGGUGCAUUGCAUUGGUAAAAUAGUAUCAAAUAUUUAAACGCAUAUACGCAAUUAUAUAGACAGAGAGAGAGCGAGAAAGAGAGAGAUCUUACGCUCUACUGGUGGCGAAUCGAUACGCUGUAACGUUGAUAGCAAAACAGAUCCAAGUAGCACGUGAUUUUUGGUGUCGUUGUUGGUAUUCUUUGGUAUAGAUGAUGCUGCCCAAGUCCUCGUGUUUAAGAACUUUCCUUUUGCCAUGUGCUUUUUUGAUAGUUUUUUCAAGUAUCGUAUAUAUAUAAAACAAAAUGUAGACCCAUUCUUAGUAACACAGGCGCUGUAUGCCUGCGGUGGUAUAUCCGGUGCUCCCUUGUCUUUUGGACUUUUUCCCAUGCGCAAACCGAUCCCCUGCUUACUUCCAAAUCAGCAACACGCUCGAAUUUACAUCUAUUUGCCCUUUCUGAGUUUUAGUUUCGUUUUGAAAAUGGACAGAUGAUGGAAAAUGCCCAUAAAAAAGCCAAUAAGCACAACCAUUUAGGUCGGGGUAGCAUCCUCGCCACUGCUGUCGGCGUAAAACUUUACGAAAAGACACAUUUUGUGCGCUCGCGAUCGUUUGUGCGUACGUUUUUGUUCUUUUCUUUACUUCUUCUCCCAGCAUAUAGAGAUUAGAUCGGUAAGGGCCACACCACAUGCAUUAACAAUCCAGGGAUAGAUUUAGAAUUAGCGGAAGGAAAAAAAAAUGAAAGAGAUAAAACUCACACAAAUACACACACAUACAUACACAUACACAAGCAAAUGCAAAAUCAAAACCAGAAGUUUAUUCUUUAAGGAUAGGGAAAAGCCUUGCGGCUGAGGUGGUUUUGUUUUUGGCGAACAAGUGAACCAUAAUAACAACUAAUUAAUAGCAGUAAUAAUAAUCGAACAAAAACGGUGCACCGUGAAGGGGGAGAAGCGACAAAGACAACACCGGUGGGUUCGGGAAUGCGCGCACACAAAUCUCAUGCGCAUAACGAAAAUGAAACCAAAAACUAUUUUUUAUACAGUCUCACGCGUUUCUGCGACACUCAAAAGGCCUUUUCAAACACGGGAAGGAUUUUGGGUGCGAUUUAACUGUGCUCUCUCUCUCGGUUUUCGCUGUGUAUUUUAAUUUUCGGAUGCAUUAUGAGACUGCAGAAAUGUAUUCUAUGCCUCUUUUUUUAUCUUUUCUAUUUACGUGUAUUUUGCUAACGUUCUUUUUUCGAGACUGGAUUCGACUUAUUUCUUUUUAUCUGUUUGCUUUUUUUUAAUAAUAUUCUGCGCUUUAGGCGAUCAAUUAUAACACAAUAUGUAACACGAUAAACUACUAGUAUGAAUAGGGGGCAUGGGAAGGCACCCGCUAAAACCAGCUCCAGCCGAGCGCAGGAGUUUAAUAACGGAAAAAGGUGGAAAUGGAAACACGGAAAUGUGGAGAAAGACGACGAAAGCGGUAAAAAUCGGCGGUACUGCUUUACAAACAAAAGAAAUACAGUUCUUCUUCGCGGAUGCAUUUUAAUACGAAUCGAAAAAUAUAUACACACACAUACACACACACACACACACACAUACGAUUAUUUAGAACCAACUAUAACAUGCUACGGAUAAUAAAGAAAACCAAACUCCCGGUACGAUAAUACUCUCUUCAACCUUUAA